AUUUUAGAUAUAAUCUUAAGAUGAUAACAUCAUUGUAGGUAUUUUUGCUGAUAUACCAGGAGAUAUAAAGACAUUUGGGAAUUUCUAUUGUUGCGUGCGAUGUUUUCACUUAAUUUUACGGUGUCUUAGUAGAUUAGUAUUGAAAUGCGCAUGUAGGCUAAUUUCAAUGUAACACGUGCACAAAAACAAGUUUUACUCUUAUUAUUAUUAUCAUUAUAAUUAUUUAUUAUUGUUACUAUUAUUAUAUCACACGAUGGUUUUAUGUACGUAGAUUGAUACCCCUGGAUCUUCAGAGAAGCAGGCAGUAUGGAUCGACUGUGGCACACACGCUAGGGAGUGGGUGUCGCACUCUACCUGUAUCUGGAUGAUGACACAGCUGAUCGAAGGCUACGGUGUGAAGUCAGUGGAGACAGAUCUCGUGGACAACCUCGUCUGGUACUUCGUUCCCGUUAUGAAUCCAGAUGGAUACGUUUACACGCACGAAAAGCCUGCAGGACAAGGUUCGAGCGGCAUGCCCUGUAGUGACACGUAUCGUGGCAGCGCGCCGUUCUCUGAAGGUGGAGAUGAAAUCGACCAGCGAGUACUUAUGACGCGCCACUCAUGAAUGCGCAAAGAAUCGGCCUUGUCUAUCACCUUCCACGCGUACAGUCAGCUGUGGAUGCUGCCGUGGAGUUACACGUCGACCCGACCCGAUGACUAUUAUGAUCUGAUGCGAGUCGGAAACGUAGCAGUAUCUGCCCUGACCGCCGUGCACGGCACAAGAUACGAACUUGGCACGAUUCCAGAGAUUAUAUACAUCGCCUCUGGCAGCGAGACAGACUGGGUGAAGGCGGUUCUCGGUGUGAAGUACUCGUACGCCGUCGAACUGAGAGACAAAGGUCGCUACGGCUUCCUGCUGCCUGAAAAUCAGAUCAAGCCGACGGGAGAGGAGACGUGGGCGGCCGUGAGGGCGAUGGCUGUUGAUAUGUUCCUGUAGGGAGGCGCUGACGGGGCGAGCGCGAGGAACGACGCGAGUAGAGAUGCACCCCACGCUUCUACUCUACAUUCUACGACGUACCUUGAGAGCUUUAAUGAACGAUGCCAGCAAUAAAAAUAAAUAAGGAUAAAUGCAAUUUGUGUAAUAUAUAGCGUAACAUGCAUGAAUAAAUACAGUCAAACCUGUGCUGUUAGAGGGUAUACCUUCUUACAAUGGACACUUUUGAGGGGUAUCCUUUGAGUGGCCCCUAUAUACAGGUUUGGUUGCAUAUAUAUAUAAAUAUAAACUAAAGAAUUAAAUAAAAAAAUUAUAUAUAUAUAUAUAUUUAAAGCACAACAAAUAUUCACCGCGUCUCUUAAAUGAGAGUGAGAUAUUUCUAUUGUGCUUACAGUGAUUUAUAGAUCUGCGGGUUUAUGCGAAUAAUUAGAUGGUAAAAAAAUCAACGUGUAGGCCUAACAGAUAACAGCGACCUUUGAAAUGUAAUAUUCUUGAUUAAUAAUAAUAUUGCGAAAGAAAAGAACAA